AUGACCCGCCGCGCACGAGGAAAAGGAGAAGGAGGAGGAGACGGAGACGGAUACGGGGGCAGAGACGGAGACGGAGACGGAGACGGAGACGGAGACGGAGACGGAGACGGAGACGGAGACGAAGCUAUCCGAUACCCUUACCACAACCCUAACCCGAGCCGCGCCCUAGCCCUAAACAAUCGAAUUCAAAAAGGAGACGGAGACGGAGACGGAGACGGAGACGGAGACGGAGACGGAGACGGAGACGGAGACGGAGACGGAGACGGAGACGGAGACGGAGACGGAGACGGAGACGGAGACGGAGACGGAGUAUCAUAUCAAAUUGUUGUUAUUCUCUAG